AUGGUUUCAGUCUCGGUGUACCUAUGGAACUUAUGUGGCAGAUUUAUCCAGAAAACGUUACAAGACACUGACUCGCAAGUACCUGCUUUACUUCUGGAUUGCUUUCACUACCGAUUCUGUGAGUUGCGAAUAUGGUCACGUUGUGGUUCCGCUUUAUAUAUACGCCUCGGUGCGAUUAACACCGUGGUUCACGUAUUAACUGCAGUGGAGACGAUCAGCUAA